AUGUCACUGACGGAUUUUUUGGCAGAUCAGUCAACCGGCUCUUGGGCUGAUGAAAUGGAAGAUUUACCUUCUGCGCCUGCCGCGGCGUUCUCAGAUCACGAGAAAGGUGGUUUCGGAGAUAGGAGAUCAGGCUUUUCAGAAAGAAGAACUUAUUCAAGAGAUUCACGUUAUGAAUCUCGUGAUUCGCCACGCGAUUCUAAGUUUCCAUCUCGAACUCCUCAACCACUUCCUACAUCCCCACCUUAUACAGUCCAUCUUGGUAAUUUACCUUAUGACUUAUCUUUAACUGAAGAAGAUGUAAAAAAAUUUUUUUGUGAAUCAAAGAUCAACACUGUUAGGAUUCUACGUGACAAAGAUGAUAAACCGAAAGGUUUUGGAUAUGUUGAAUUUGAAGAUCUAGAAUCAUUGACCAAAGCACUGCAAUUGAGUGGAGAGAAUUUGGGGAAAAGACCAGUUAGGAUUAGUGUAGCUGAACCACGAGAACGCGAAGAUCGGACCGCUGGUGAAUGGCGGCGGAUAAUGCCAAGGGAGUCACCGGCCUCUUCACCAAGAAGUGAUCGUUUUGGUAGCAGUGAUAAAUUCGGUAGCAGGGAUGACAAAUGGGGUGACCGUGGUGGUGGUUUUCGUGAUCGGGGUGAACGAUCUGAUCGCGGUGAACGUGAUAGAGGUGAUAGGGCUGAGCGCAGUGUUGAACGAAAUGACCGUGGAGGAAUUGAACGUAAAGUAGAUACAGAGUGGAGAGGCGGAGCUUUCAGUAAUAAACCAGGUGGUUUUCGUGAGCGUCGAUCUGAAGAAAGAUUUAAUUCAGUGCGAAAACAUGACAUACGUCCGUUACCUGAGUCGAAAGCCGAACAUACUAGUACUGUGGCUACUGAUAUUCCGACAUCUCCUCCACCAAUGCGCAAAAAGCUUGAGCUAAAGCCACGAAGUUCGAGUACUGUUGUUUCAAAUGAAGCCGUUUCUCCACCGAAAACAUCCAAGCCAAAUCCAUUUGGCGAUGCUAAACCAAUAGAUUCGGAUGAAGCUCUUCGAAGAUCUAAAAAUGGUAAUGAUAAUUUAACGACAGAAAAUGUAUUUGCUGAAAAAGAUUCUGAAUUGCGGGUUAAGACUGCAAGCUCAAACGCAGUUGCUUCCUUUGUGAUUUUUGGUUCUUUAUUUGCACUUGGCGUAAUUAUCAUUUGCGCAUGUAUUAAUAGACGAUUGAAAGUUGAUAAAAACAGGAUUCCUGAUGUAAAUGAUCCGGAAAUUGCUCGGGCGGAAGCAAGUUUAGUUGAGACUUUAAACGAAGCGGCUCGACAAAAUUAUGAGCGUGCGCGAUCAUAUCCACCUGAUAGUAUUCCUACAGAUAUCACACUUUCCCAAUUUCUUUCAAUUCAGGAGAAAGGUGUGUCAGCAUGGGAAUUUGAACCGGACCUUCAGCAUUCUAGCUGUUUUGUUGAAUGUCGUACUGAAAUCGCAUUUUAUGAUGGUGAAUGUUGCGUUCAGACAAACCUUCCGUUACCAAAACAACAAGAAGUUUAUUAUUGGGAAGCUAAAAUGUACGACAAACCACAGAAUACAACAGUUACUGUGGGUUUAGCAACUAAACCUUAUCCUUUAUUUCGCUUACCAGGGUGGAACCGUCAAUCAGUUGCUUAUUUUUCGGACAGUGGUUUUAAAUAUUAUAAUUCACCAUUUAAUGGUAAAACGUAUGGUCCACAAUUUCAACAAGGUGACGUUGUUGGUGUUGGUUAUCGACCAAGAACUGGUACUGUUUUCUUUACACGUAAUGGGAAAAAGUUAGACGAUGCAUUUACGGGAAUGAAGAUGAAUCUUUUUCCCACAGUUGGAGCAAAUGGACCUUGUAGUGUUCAUGUUAAUUUCGGUCAACUAGGAUUCGUUUUUAUUGAGGCAAAUGUAAAAAAAUGGGGACUUGCACCGACAAUGGGAACAUUAGCCCCUCCUCCAGCAUACGGGUCAGAACGAGGAUCGAUUUUAUUGGAAUCUAGUUCUAGAGGACGUCCUUCAGAGGAUGUUGCUCGUUUACAAUAUAGUAAUGUGAAUAGUGGAAUUAUGACGGGUGUUCCUCCUGAAGCAGGUUUGGAUAUUUCUUUGUCGGACAUCACAGUUCCACCACCUUCUUAUUCUUCAGUGGAUCGAUAUUAUGAGCGUCAAUCUUUUAUGUCUGAAAGUUCUGAAACGUAUCUAUUAGCUGGGGAACAAAGCGAUUCUAGAAGAAAUAGUUAUGAAAGUACUUCUAGAGAUCAACAAAGACGCGGCUAA